UUUCGAUUGAUUAUUACAAGUAAAAUCAAGAAAUAGCGUCUCUAGGUUUUGGUUCCGAGUUGAACGGGCGUAAACUAUUUCUUGUUUCCCUUAAAAUUAUCAUUAAAAUGAAGGGUUGCAUAUUUAAUAUUGAUGCUGGGUAUUUGGAGGGCUUGUGCCGUGGUUUCAAAUGUGGUAUUCUGAAACAAUCUGACUACUUGAACUUGGUGCAGUGUGAGACACUUGAAGAUCUAAAGCUCCAUCUUCAGGGUACAGAUUAUGGCACUUUCCUUGCCAACGAGCCCAGCCCCCUCUCUGUAUCUACUAUUGAUGACAAGCUUCGUGAAAAGCUUGUUAUUGAAUUCCAACAUCUUCGGAAUCACUCUGUAGAGCCUCUGUCAACAUUUUUGGAUUUCAUUACCUACAGCUAUAUGAUUGAUAACAUAAUUUUGUUGAUUACUGGUACAUUGCACCAGAGACCUAUCUCGGAGUUAAUUCCAAAGUGCCAUCCAUUAGGCUCAUUUGAGCAGAUGGAAGCUAUUCAUGUAGCUGCAACACCAGCUGAACUUUACAAUGCUGUGUUGGUGGACACACCAUUGGCUCCAUUCUUUGUGGAUUGCAUUAGCGAACAAGACUUGGAUGAAAUGAAUAUUGAGAUUAUCCGGAACACUCUAUACAAGGCAUAUUUGGAAGCUUUUUAUGAUUUCUGUAAGCAAAUCGGAGGAACUACUGCUGAUGUGAUGUGCGAAAUCUUAGCUUUUGAAGCCGAUCGCCGUGCUAUUAUCAUUACAAUCAACUCUUUUGGCACUGAACUGUCCAAGGAUGACCGUGCUAAAUUGUAUCCCCGCUGUGGCAAACUCAACCCUGAUGGUCUUGCCGCACUGGCUCGUGCUGAUGAUUAUGAACAAGUGAAGGCUGUUGCUGAAUACUAUGCUGAGUAUUCUGCUUUGUUUGAAGGAGCUGGCAAUAAUGUGGGAGACAAAACUUUGGAAGACAAGUUCUUUGAACAUGAGGUAAGCCUUAAUGUUCAUGCUUUCCUGCAACAAUUCCAUUUUGGAGUUUUCUAUUCUUAUCUGAAAUUAAAGGAACAGGAGUGCCGUAACAUUGUUUGGAUCAGUGAAUGCGUGGCCCAGAAACAUCGUGCCAAAAUCGACAACUACAUUCCAAUCUUCUAAUUAUUCAUAAAAUAAUGUUUGUAGUAUUCUUUCCUUGUACAUAGUAGGGAACCAUAUAACUACUUUUUUGAUUGCCG